AUGGUGAGGGAGAAGGAAUCUGCAAGGGUGAUUGUGGGAAAAGACGAAGAUCUGCAUGGGGAAGUGAAAUCUGGGAAUCAAACGGUACCAAGGCAAGGAUGGAGAAGGAAAAGGAAAGCAAAAGAGAAGCAGAGGAAGAAAUUGGCUGGCUUUCAGAGUACUCAGCUAACUGAACAUCAAAGGAUUCACACAGGGGAGAAGCCAUAUAAAUGCCUGGAGUGUGGAAAGUGCUUCUCUAAGAGUUCCUUGCUAACAGUACAUCAAAGGGUUCACACAGGAGAGAAGCCAUACAAAUGCCUGGAGUGUGGAAAGUGCUUCUCUCAGAAUGGCGACCUAACUAAACAUCAAAGGAUUCACACGGGGGAGAAGCCAUACAAAUGCCUGGAGUGUGGAAAGGGCUUCUCUUCCAAUGGUAACCUAACUGUACAUCGAAGGAUUCACACGGGGGGAAAGCCAUAUAAAUGUCUGGAGUGUGGAAAGUGCUUCUCUCGGACUGACACACUAACUAAGCAUCAAAAAACUCAUACAGGGGAGAAGCCAUAUAAAUGCCUGGAGUGUGGGAAGUGCUUCUCUUCCAAUGGCAACCUAACUUUACAUCAAAGGGUUCACAUGGGGGAGAAGCCACAUAAAUGCCUGCAGUGUGGAAAGUGCUUCUCUUGGAUGGGCGGUCUAACUAUACAUCGAAGUGUUCACACAGGGGAGAAGCCAUAUAAAUGCCUCGAAUGUGGAAAGUGCUUCUCUCGGAAUAACACACUAACAAUGCAUCAAAAAACUCAUACAGGGGAGAAGCCAUAUAAAUGCCUGGAGUGUGGAAAGUGCUUCUCUUGGAAUGGCGACCUAACUGUACAUCGAAGGGUUCACACGGGGGAGAAGCCAUAUAAAUGCCUGGAAUGUGGAAAGUGCUUCUCUCGGAGUAGUGAGCUAACUGUACAUCGAAGAGUUCACACGAAGGAGAAGCCAUAUAAAUGCCUGGAGUGUGGAAAGUUCUUCUCUCGGAAUGGCAACCUAACUAUACAUCAGAGGGUUCACACGGGGGAGAAGCCAUAUAAAUGCCCGGAGUGUGGAAAGUGCUUCUCUCACAAUGGUGACCUAACUAAACACCGAAGGGUUCACACAGGGGAGAAGCCAUACAAAUGCCUGGAGUGUGGAAAGUGCUUCUCUCGGAAUUGUGACCUAACUAAACACCGAAGGGUUCACACAGGGGAGAAGCCAUACAAAUGCCUGGAGUGUGCAAAGUGCUUCUCCCAGAAUGGCGACCUAACUGCACAUCAAAGGGUUCACAUG